AUGCGUGUGUAUUCGAGGGUAAAGGAAAUGAGAAGGAACGAACAACUGAUAAAACAAGUGCAGUGCAUUCAAAAUGAGCCAAAAUAUAUCAAAGCCAUUGCACUGCCAAAGUUCAACUCCGAUCGUGCAGGAUCAGACGCGUUGUCCUGGUGUUCAACAGUCGAUUACAUUUUUUCUGAAAGCCAUCUCGUGGGUAGCGCUCUUGUAAUGGCGCUCAGCAAAUCACUGGAAGGCACCGCAUCACACUGGCUCUCGCAGACAUGUUUUCCCGGCAUUACAUGGACGCAGUUCCGAGAAUUAUUUUUGCAACAUUUUUCUGGAACGGAGACUUUGGCCGCCACCGUUAUGAAUUUGCUAAAUGGACGCCCAAAUGAAGGAGAGUGCUUGUCGUUGUAUGGGAGCAGAAUGGUCACUUCCCUUAUGACCCGCUGGAAGUCGCUCAGCGUCGAGCAAAUUGCAGUAUCUGUUACGUUGGCACACGCAGUUGGGGUAGAUAAAAGAUUGCGCCGUUUGGUCUUUACCACGGAUAUCCAAACCAGAAACGAGCUACAUCAGGAACUCAAAGCCUUUUCGUUUGACGCCAGACAGAGCCAACAGAGAGACAACGUACCAGUACUACAAGGAAAAAGAAUCAGCGCUAUGCCUCACAUCACGUGUUACAACUGUGGCAAACCCGGCCACAAGAAGGCGGAAUUCAAAAGCAACACCAUCAAAGGUGUGAGCAUAUGCACCGUAUUUGAGCCCUUAGGAACUUUACCGCAGUCUGGUGAGUCGUUCCAAUUUUACUUCGACUCCGGAGCCGAAUGCUCACUCAUCAAAGAGACUGCAUCGCUGAGAUUAUCAGGCACUAGAAUAAACAACGUAGUGACAUUAAGGAGUAUAGGUGGUAACUCCGUUUGUAGCACUUUACAGAUUAUGGCAAAUGUUUUGAUUUGUGAGCGUUCACUUGAAAUCUUAUUUCACGUAGUUUUAGAUAAUCAUAUUAAAUACGAAGCUUUGAUUGGUCGAAAAUUCUCUAAUUCGUUUAAAAACGGUAUUCCACAGAGCGUGAUUACGGGACUGCUAGAAAUUCGCUUGAUUGAUCAAAACAAGACGGUUCAGAGGCGCCCUUAUCGUUUGAGUGUAGAGGAAAAAGAAAAGGUUAGACAUUCUAUUCAAGAGCUGUUGGAUGCCAACAUUAUAAGACCAAGUUCCUCUUCUUUUGCGAGUCCGAUAUUACUUGUCCGAAAGAAAAAUGGAACAGAUAGUCUCUGUGUUGACUAUCGGGAGCUUAAUGCCAAUACUGUUUCCGACAAGUAUCCGUUGCCACUUAUAUCGGACCAGAUAGCUAGGUUGAGUGGGGCUAGGUUUUUCCUGUGCAUUGAUAUGCCCAGUGGUUUUCAUCAGAUCCCAAUACAUGCAAACUCUAUCGAACGGACGGCUUUUGUAACUCCAGAAGGACAGUACGAGUACUUGGAUAUGCCUUUUGGGCUUAAAAAUGCGCCUUUGGUAUUCCAAAGCGCUAUUAAUCGUGCCUUAGGUGAUCUGGCUUAUAAAUAUGCCAUUGUUUAUAUGGACGAUGUAAUGAUAGUCGCCCGUACAAAUGAAGAAGCUUUUGAGAGAUUACAAAUCAACCUGCGAACACUUGCCGAAGCAGGAUUUUCCUUCAACAUAAAGAAAUGUUCCUUUCUAAAAACUUGUGUCGAAUACUUAGGUUUUGAAGUUAGAGCAGGUGAGAUUCUACCGAAUCCCUGGAAAAUACGAGCUCUAGUAGACUUACCGCCCCCGCAAUCCGUCACUCAACUGAGACAAUUUAUUGGACUGGUCACGUAUUUUCGUCAGUUUGUACCUAAGUUUUCACAGUUGCGAAAACCCCUCUAUGUUCUUACUUCAGAAAGUAUAACAUUUUUAUGGAAAUUAGAGCAUGAGCAGAUACGACAGGAAGUGAUUCGUAUCCUGACUAGUGAACCCGUUCUGACUAUUUUCGAUCCCCUAUUCCCUAUUAAACUUCAUACAGAUGCGAGUGCUGAUAGCUAUGGCGCAAUUUUGUUGCAUAAAAUCAAACACAAGCCUAGAGUUAUCGAAUACUUUAGUAAACGGACCUCGCCAGCGGAAUCUCGUUAUCAUUCAUACGAACUGGAAACAAUUGCAGUUUACAAUGCUAUUAAGCAUUUUCGCCAUUACCUACAGGGUCGACAUUUUGUCGUGUUUACUGACUGCAAUUCGCUUAAAGCCUCUCGCACAGAAGCAUAACUAACCCCGAGAGUUCAUAGGUGGUGGUCAUACAUGAAAUCUUUUGAGUUCGAUAUUCAGUAUAGGCCAGGUGAAAGAAUGGCUCACGUAGAUUUUCUGUCCCGAAAUCCUAUAUCAAAAGGUACAAUGGAAAAACAUAUAGAUUUGACAGAUAUCACUGACAAUUGGUUGUUAGCUGAGCAGCAACGCGACGAGGAAACGUCGUCUAUUGUUUCUAAAUUGCGUAGCGAUGAUCUUGCUGAGGAUUUGGCCAAAACGUAUGAAUUAAGGACAGGAACACUAUAUAGAAAAAUUCAAAGGAAUGGGAAAAGUCGUUGCCUCCCUAUUAUUCCAAAGCCGUUUAGGUGGUCUGCCGUUAAUAAUGUGCACGAGUCCAUUAUGCACCGGUGGGAGAAAGCCCUUGAGAAAAUGUAUGAGUAUUAUUGGUUCGAAAGGAUGUCCAAGUACGUUCGCAAAUUUGUCGACAACUGUAUUACAUGCAGACUCUCAAAAUCUCCAUCUGGCAGGGUACAAGCUGAAUUGCAUCCUAUACCGAAAAUUGACAUCCCGUGGCAUACAGUCCACAUGGACCUUACAGGGAAGCUUAGUGGUAAAAAUGAUCAGAAGGAGUAUAUAAUCGUAUCAAUAGACGCGUUCACGAAGUUUGUCUCUUUGUCCCAUACAAUCAGAGACGGAGUUUUUCUAGAUUUACAUUUGAUCGCCACAGGCGGUAGCCGGGCCAAUGGCCAAGUAGAGCGAGUUAUGAGUACUCUAAAAUUUAUGCUAAAGGUGGUUGAGACAGGUCAGGGGCGUAUGCCAGAGAAGGGGAUUGCCACAGAAUUGGAUGAUGAGUGUGAUGAUGAAGAAGCCAUGGAGCUUAAUGAUGAAGGUGGUGAUGGAGAUACCUUAGAUCAAGCCGGUACAAUGGAAAAACAUAUAGAUUUGACAGAUAUCACUGACAAUUGGUUGUUAGCUGAGCAGCAACGCGACGAGGAAACGUCGUCUAUUGUUUCUAAAUUGCGUAGCGAUGAUCUUGCUGAGGAUUUGGCCAAAACGGUACAAGCUGAAUUGCAUCCUAUACCGAAAAUUGACAUCUCGUGGCAUACAGUCCACAUGGACCUUACAGGGAAGCUUAGUGGUAAAAAUGAUCAGAAGGAGUAUAUAAUCGUAUCAAUAGACGCGUUCACGAAGCGUAUGCCAGAGAAGGGGAUUGCCACAGAAUUGGAUGAUGAGUGUGAUGAUGAAGAAGCCAUGGAGCUUAAUGAUGAAGGUGGUGAUGGAGAUACCUUAGAUCAAGCCGGUACAAUGGAAAAACAUAUAGAUUUGACAGAUAUCACUGACAAUUGGUUGUUAGCUGAGCAGCAACGCGACGAGGAAACGUCGUCUAUUGUUUCUAAAUUGCGUAGCGAUGAUCUUGCUGAGGAUUUGGCCAAAACGGUACAAGCUGAAUUGCAUCCUAUACCGAAAAUUGACAUCUCGUGGCAUACAGUCCACAUGGACCUUACAGGGAAGCUUAGUGGUAAAAAUGAUCAGAAGGAGUAUAUAAUCGUAUCAAUAGACGCGUUCACGAAGUUUGUCUCUUUGUCCCAUACAAUCAGAGACGGAGUUUUUCUAGAUUUACAUUUGAUCGCCACAGGCGGUAGCCGGGCCAAUGGCCAAGUAGAGCGAGUUAUGAGUACUCUAAAAUUUAUGCUAAAGGUGGUUGAGACAGGUCAGGGGUCAUGGCAGGAUGCUCUUUGCAAGAUUCAACUGGCUCUUAAUCGUACUCCCAAUAGAGUGACUAAGAGAAGGGGAUUGCCACAGAAUUGGAUGAUGAGUGUGAUGAUGAAGAAGCCAUGGAGCUUAAUGAUGAAGGUGGUGAUGGAGAUACCUUAG